ACUAUUUAAUUUCAGAAUUAGAGAAUGAUCGGCCCGUGAUUCUUGUAUAUUUUUGAUGUUAUGAAAAUUUACAUAUUAUUAUUUUUUCUCUUUUGUUCCUUUUAUCAACAACUUAAAUUUUUCCAGGAUUGAGAAUGGCGAGUUGUCCUACGGAAAGAGAACCUUUGUUAGGACGGGGAAGAAGUUUACCAGAUCGGCGGUCAUUCCUUCCUCUUGGAUCUUCGCCUGCCGAUCGUCGUUCUCUUUUACCUAUAUCUGAAGCUCCUAAACGCGGGAGAACAAUAUCAGAAUGCCCACGUAGAAUUCCUAUCAAUGAACCGAACCAAGAUGAAGUACAAAGAGAGCGAACCUUUUCUCCCACUGAUAUAGAAGUAGACCUUGAAGGAUGGCAGGGAAGCUGUCUGUGUCAUCCACAAGCUCUGCUCCACAGGGUGAUUGCUUUGAUCCUGAUGUGUCUCCUCGGGUUCGGAAAUUACUUCUGUUUUGAUAAUCCUGGAGCUCUGCAGUCGGAGUUGAAGGAUGCAAUGAACAUUACGACGGCGCAGUUUGCAAACCUGUACGCCUGGUACUCCUGGCCAAACGUUGUUCUUCCAAUCAUUGGCGGAUUUUUAAUGGACAGGGUUUUCGGAAUAAGAUUGGGAACUAUGCUCUUCGCAUUCAUCAUCAUCUUUGGGCAGAUCAUCUUCAGUAUGGGCGGGUUCCUGGACAGGCUCUGGGUCAUGGAGGUCGGGAGGUUCGUGUUUGGGAUUGGAGGAGAAUCCCUUUCCGUGGCACAGAACACCUACGCUGUUUCAUGGUUUAAGGGAAAGGAGCUCAACAUGGUUUUUGGAUUUCAGUUGAGUAUUGCUCGGGUUGGCUCCACAGUGAAUUUUCUUCUCAUGGGUCCUCUCUUCCAAUACAUAAAGAACCAGACCUUAGAGAGGGACGCAGCCAUGAACCACAGUAUGAACCUGUUCUGGGAGGAAAACCUCUUCGAAGAAAGUUAUCUGAAUGGGUCCCAGGAGCUAGAUCUAAUCGCUGAAAGAGAUAGUUAUGGUCCAACGGUUAUAGGAUGGACUCUUCUUACUGCUGGAGGUUUUUGUGUUGCAUCAUUUUUCUGCAGUGUUAUCCUUGCCUGGAUGGAUAAGAGAAGGAACGAAAUCUUGAACAUUGUUGAACCUGGAGACUCCGGAGAAGUCGUUAAAAUCACCGAUGUCAAGGAUUUUCCGUUAUCCUUCUGGUUUUUGUGCCUAGCCUGCCUCUCCUACUACGGGGUUAUAUUCCCCUUCGUGUCCCUGGCCAAGGACUUCUUCAAGGUCGAGUUUGAUAUGGACGGGAACUCUGCUAACUUUAUUACAGGUUUGAUUUAUCUUGUAUCUGCUCCUGCAUCUCCCCUUCUUGGUUUACUCAUGGAUAAAACAGGACGGAAUAUAUCAUGGGUAGUUCUGGCCAUUAUAUCUAGUAUUGGAUGUAUCUGCCUUCUUGCAUUCACCAGUGUGAAUCCGUUCAUAUCUAUCUCAUGUUUGGGAGUAGCAUACAGCCUUCUAGCCUCGGCACUUUGGCCGAUCGCUGCUCUGAUCAUACCUGAAUAUCAGCUGGGGACCGCAUACGGUCUUAUGCAGGCAAUUCAAAACUUGGGGUGUGCUCUGAUUGUGAUGGCCGCUGGAUUGAUCGCAGACGAGUAUGGAUACACGUGGUUAAUGUUGUUCUUCCUCGGCUGGUUGUUCCUGUCUCUGACCUCGACUGUCUGUAUCUGGUUCUGCGACUGUUCUACGACCGGUUAUCUUAACAUGUCGAUAAGUGAGAGACAGAUAUUCGACGAUGCAAGGCAAGCUGCCCUGGACGCUGAGAGAGCUAGACAGAUAGAUGGACAUCGGUUGCUUAGCAGACCAAGAACUGACGCAAAUAUACGCAAUCGAUAUCUAUCCAAGAUCGGAGCUCAUCUCCCGGCUCAUCUUGGUCAAGGUCGUCUCAUAGUUCCAGCUCAUCAGAGAUAACUAGACGACUGUCCAGAGCACAUUUGUCAGAUAAUAGUUGUAUAGUAGUGUAUAGAUUAUAAUUUGAAUCUAGGGAAAUUAAUUGAGAUUAUUUACAAUUAAUAAUUUAUUAGUGACUAACAGGGGUCUAUGUUUUCCUGAAAAUCAAUUCUACUCAACAUAAAACAUAAUUCUUCCCUGUUUUGCGCGGAGCAUUAACAUUUUUUUUCGGGGAUUUAAUUCUGAACUCAAAUUUUUGGAUAUUUUUUUGUGAAGUAAAAAAGGGUUGGAUAAUUCUGGAAAACAUAUAUCCCUGAAGAUUUGGCUUAAUAGUUGUACUUGAGAAAUAAACAGAAAUUAUGAAGAAAAUAAUUAAAUAACAGUUUAAAUUUUUUAAACUAUACUGUGAUAGUUUUAACUAAAAUUCGCCCAACUACUAAAAUUCACUAUUUUUUUUUCUCAAUACUUCAUAUUAUAUAUCUUCAGAUCUGAAUUUCAUCCACAAGAUAAAGAAAAUCUAAGAAAUCAGUUCAGUGCUUUCCAUUUUUAUUUUUCUAUAAGAUAAAGAGGUAAAAAACCCAUGAAGCAACUUCAUGUGUGCAAACCGGAAACUACUCCGAUUGUAUAUUUUAAAUUGUGUGCCUUAUCUCAACUUUUUAGUAAACAUAUUUAAAUAUUAAAAUAAUGUUAUAUUUGUAAUAACAGUUAUUUUGUAUGCCUGGAAUUAUAUAGUUUUGGAAUCUGGAAUUAAUAUUAACGGAUAUCAAAUUGCAUCAUCGACUUAGCAACGUAAACAAACCAAAACUGCUUAAGACAGUUUUAAGAACAUUCUUUUUUUUCUAGUUCAUUUUUGAUUUAAAAUUUAAAAUUUUUGACUUUAAAUGAAUUUCUUACUUUCACUACACGGGCAUUAGUAGAUUACGAAAUUAUUAUUAAAAAUCUUUAAAGAUAUUUUCUUCAUCAGAAUACCGACGUUAAAUAAUUUUUAUAAAGUUAUUUUCUAAUAAUUUGACAAUACCAAAAAAUCUCUUCAGGUUCUUGCUUUAAACUCGAGAGUCUUUUCGUUGGUUGUAUAACGCUAAGUUUACACAAGAUAAAAAAUAUAUUUCGGGACGGAACAUCGGUCAAAUAAUUUGUAUCCCAAAGAUAUUCACUCUUCACACAAUUACACUAAAAAUACUCUUGAGCUAACAUGACCGUUAACAUUUUGUUUCAGUUUUCACUUCAAAAAAGAUCUUUUGCUUUUUAUGAACAUAAAAAUAUUUCCAUUCUUUGAUACUCACCUCAUGCAGAUAUUUAUAAAUAAAACAAUGUGUGAACGCUUUUGAACGUAAAAUUUAAUUGUUAUGUCAAGUUUUUUUCCAAUGUCUUGAAUAUUUUAUGAAAAUGCUCACAAUAUUUUGUUACGUUUUGCUAACUUGAUAAAACAUUUUGAGCAUUUUUCUGGUUUAUUUCUAUCCGAUUAUUUAUUAUUUAUGUGUGAUAGUUUUACACUUGGCUUUAACUUAAUGAAGUUUAUAUUUAAUAUGAUAUUGUAAAUACCAAAUAUAUUAAAAA